GGUGGCAGGAGAAUCGCAGGAAGGAUUUGUAGGGUCUGCUCGUGCUCGUAUUUGAGAAGAACAGUCGGGCAGUGUUCGUCGUGACACUGGCUGAUUAACAUUCAUUCACGGAUAAGAAGACACGGAAACAAAAGGAGUUUUUUUACGAAAGGAUUAUAAGAUUACGAGAGGAUUAUAAGAUUAUAUAAAAUCUUAUCAGCUGCUUACCAAUUAUAAUCUUAUUUUUAAAAAUUAACAACGUGAAUGUAUUAUGUCUUUUGGUUCUACGAAACAAACAGAUGUAAUUGUUCGUAAUGAAAUAGUGAAUUAAAGACAGUAUUUUCUUCAGCGUUUAAUUUGAUUUCUACAUAAAGUGAACUACAUCAUAUUCCAUCAUUAUCAAGAAAUUUUUAAUCAGAACGUUUAAUCAGUUUCUCAUAUAAAAAUGAGUGGCAAAAAGGAAUUCAUUACAUGCCGAGAUAUACUAUGGUAUUUCGUUUUUUGCGGAUUUGCUAUUAAUUAUAUGUUAAGGAUCAAUCUGAAUCUCACCAUAGUGACUAUGGUAAUUCCACGACCGAAAACAGCCUCGUCCAUUCAAUGCAAGGAAGAAAAUGUUGUCAAUUUGUGGAAAAAUACAACAUUUAAUGAAAGUAUCGAUACUUCCGUCGAUAUCGAUGAACGAAGGCUGGCUUUCGAAAACGCAACAUAUAACGAUCUAUUUGCUUGGAGCGAAUAUGAUCAAGGGCUAGUAUUAGGCGCUUAUUAUUGGCUUCACUGGCUCUCUCAGCUUCCUGGUGGUAUUUUAGCAAGACGUUACGGUACAAAAUUUGUAUUUGGAUGUGCCAAUUUAUUAACAGCUCUUUUAGGCUUUCUCAUACCUUUUGCAACUCGAUAUCAUCUGAACGCUCUCGUGUUUCUUCGAGUUCUUCAGGGUCUUGUUGCGGGUGUCGUUUGGCCUAGCAUGCACGAUAUGACAGCAAAAUGGAUACCGUCGAUUGAAAGAAGUAGAUUUGUCAGUGCCUACUUAGGUAGUUCUGUGGGAGCUGCUAUCACGUAUCCACUUUGCGCAACGGUUUCCAAUGCCUUGGGAUGGGAUGCUGCGUUUUAUGUCACUUCUGUUCUCGGAGUAAUUUGGUACUGCUUCUGGUUCUUUUUCGUGUACGAUUCACCGCAAACACAUCCACGUAUCUCCGACGAAGAAAAAAAUUACAUACUCGAGAAUAUUUCGGGAUCUGUCGAUGAUGAAGAAACGAAGGUACCUUGGAAGUCAAUAUUUAUGUCAGGACCAGUAUGGAUUUCCGUUUUGGCUCAAUGGGGUGGAGCUUGGGGUUUCCUCACCUUAAUGACGCAAGCUCCUACAUACUUUAAUUUCAUUCAUGGAUGGAAUAUUCACGCGACGGGUAUUUUGUCCGGUGCACCUCAUAUUUUGAGAAUGAUAUUUUCCUACUUCUAUUCCAUCAUGAGCGACUGGCUUCUACGAACUGAAAGAAUGAGUUUAACGAACGUAAGGAAAUUAGCGACCUUUGUGUGCAAUGGUUUACAAGGUGUAUUUAUAAUCGCAUUAGGCUAUAGCGGUUGUCAUCCUUAUCUCGCUGUGAUUUUUAUGAUGGCUGGUACAGCAGUGAAUGGAGCAGUUUCAGCAUCCACUUUAGCUAGUUUUGUUGAUUUAAGUCCAAAUUAUGCAAGUAUUCUGCUUGGAUUUUGUGGAAUGGUUGUAAUUUGGGCAGGAUUUAUUUCACCUGUCAUCGUUGGUAUACUUACGAACAAUAAUCAAACUGCUGGUCAAUGGCGUAUCGUGUUCCUUAUUGCUGGUGCCAAUGCAAUAGCUGGCUGUUUAAUUUACAUGUUUGGUGGAACAUCCAAGGAGCAACCUUGGAACCAAUAUAAGAAACCAACAGAACAGAAUAAAAAUGAAAUGCAGAAUUUACAAAUGAAAAAGAAAGAGAUAAUUAAAUGUGAACAAGGAGUGGAAAGGAUAAGUAAACCGGAAGAAGAAAAGUUAUGUGUUGAUAAGUGACCAUCCGGUAAAAUAUUAAUUUUCAUCUGUAUCUUCUUUAAAAAAUAAUAUCGUAACUUUUUCCAUAAAAUUUGUAAGUCCUGUAAAUACUGUAUAGCGUAAAAGUAAUAUAAUAUCCAUACUUCUACGAGAUCGAAUCAAACGAAAAAUAAGAUAAAAAUCUAAAAUUGCUUCUUAACUGAUCAUUAAACAAGAAAAAAAUUGUCACAUUUUAAUUUUGACUCGUAAAACAGUUUAUUUCACAAAACAGGAAUGGUUCAUGAUACGAAUGUGGUUGUACAUCGAGAAGAAUGUAGUAUUAAUAAAAAUUCGUAUGUUUGUAUGCGCAGUGAGAAUACGCAAAUGCACUGUGACUAAAAUUUAUAGGAUAAUUGAUAAUUAUCGAUCUGUAAUAGUUUUUAUCAAAAAGGCGA